AUGUCUGAGACCCUACCUGAAGCAACAUUCAGUCCUGAUAAACAUCACCUCCAGCCAUUACUUCUUUUCAAGCUUCCUGACCUAGAGCUUUACCUGAAUGCAGCACCAAGGUAUCUGCUUGAUAGCUUCCUUGCGCUUACCGUACGACACAGCACGCAUGCCUUCUAUCGGGGUCAACAAGCUCGAGCCGUCGAAUACUACACUUCUUCCGCACAGCAAACAGUUAUCAGCCUUGCUUCACAGGGUAUUCCAAGGUUGGAGGUUGUCCAGUCUAUUUGCUUGCUUGUUCUGGUUGAUAUCGCGGGGCGGGCGUGGAUGACUAUCGGAACUCUGUCUCGUCUUGAAGCUCUACGUAAGAUAUCACAGCCCGCACUUGCAGAGUCAUCACCCGACCGCGAAGCAAGUCUUGGGUGCCAUUGGACUGUUUUUCUUUUAGAGCAGACUUUCACACCUCUGGAACGAAGUAGCAAUCAUGAUGACAACGAAGCAAAGUACCCGACAAGCGCGCCGAUACCUCCAUCUUUACCACCCGUUGCCGACGGUGAAUACCCACCAGAUCUUUUCUCAGACGAUCCAUCAGAGGAUCUUGGUAUAACAGCGUAUUAUAUCAAAAUCCUUGGGAUAUGGGGUCAUUUAUCAACGUAUCUUCAUCAAAUUCGAACCGGCAAGGCUGAAAAUGCGUGGUCUCCUGGAUCGAUGCAUUACAUACUUUGCGCUCAGCUUUACGAGUACGAUUCAAAGACGCCUCAUAUUCAUCUUCUGCGAAGUGUGCACUUCACCAAGCGCCAUUCGCAUGAUCUGAACGAGCGCCGUGAGUACUGGAUCCCAUGGGUUCUACAGCAAGUCACAUCUCAUGCAACUACCGCAAUCCUAAACCAUCCAUUUGUUCAUCUUGUGGCGAUGCGCAAACGACUGCAAGGUCUGCCACCACGCCAAUUUCUUCAACAAACCGUAGAUCUGACUUUGUACCAUUCGGCUUGGGUAUUCAAGUUCCUCCGCUUCUGCGAAGAUAAUGACGUUGGAAUAUAUGACCCCUUGGUUGGUAAUUUAGUGGCUGUUGUUGCAACUAUACCGUGGUUGUUUCAGCGUGCAAUCGAUCAAAAGAUUGCACACAAAGCAAAGGACGAUUUCGCAUGGUGCAAGAAUUUUCUUGAGACCCUCUCAACAACCUGGCCACAUAUUAGACACAAACUUGAACUGCUGAAAAGUCUGGACUCCAUCGCAGAGAACAAUUCACAGUCGCCCAGCGCUAAAGGCAUAUCAAUCGUCUUCCAUCCGCAUGUUUUUUGGGCGUUGGUCGAUCCCAAAAUUAGUCAGAUAACGCCAUCAGCAGCUUAUGCUCAAGGGCUUGAUCUUUUCCAGGAUGGCACAAUCCGAGUUUCGACGCAUUACAUACAGCCGCUAGUGGAUAUCCAAGCUCAACACUCUCACAAUGUUGACGAUAUAUAUGAUCCGUUCACAUUAGAUGCUGGGGCCUUGGAGCAAAUCAACUUGGAUGACGUUUUUGCGAGUUUUUUGCCUACACUAGACGAAACAGACUUAUAG